GGCUACGCGCGGGCCUGGAGCCCGGGUUCGGUGCCGCGGAUUCCCCAGUCCCUGGCAGUCCCCCGAGGCUCACAAAAAGAGAGCCUCUGCGGAACCCAGACGCGCAGGCAGGGUGGCCACUGCCUCGGGUGCAGAUGUGCCUGAGAAGAUGAAGAGCCGAAUCCCAGUGGUGCUCCUGGCCUGUGGCUCCUUCAAUCCCAUCACCAACAUGCACCUGCGCUUGUUUGAAGUGGCCAGAGACCACCUACAUCAGACAGGAAUGUACCAGGUGAUCGGGGGUAUCAUCUCUCCUGUCAACGACCACUACAGGAAGCAAGACCUUGUGGCUGCCCACCACCGGGUGGCCAUGGCCCGGCUGGCCCUGCAGACGUCCGACUGGGUCCGGGUGGACCCCUGGGAGAGCGAGCAGCUGCAGUGGACUGAGACAGUGAAGGUGCUGAGGCAUCAUCACAGCGAACUGCUCAGAUCUCUGCCCCGGAGGGAAGGCCCAGACCACGGCGGGGCUCGCUGCACAGCCCCCACAGCUGUUCCUGAGCUGAAGCUGCUCUGCGGGGCAGACGUCCUGAAGACCUUCCAGACCCCCAACCUCUGGAAAGAUGCACACAUCCAGGAGAUCGUGGAGAAGUUCGGUGUGGUGUGCGUGAGCCGCACAGGUCACAACCCAAAGGAAUACAUCUCGGGCUCGCCCAUCCUGCACCAGUACCGGCACAACAUUCACCUGGCCAGGGAGCCCGUGCAGAGCGAGCUCAGCUCCACGUACGUCCGGCAGGCCCUGAGCCAGGGGCACAGCGUGAAGUACCUGCUCCCAGAUGCCGUCAUCACCUACAUCAGGGAACACAACCUCUACACCAGGGACAGUUCCUGGAAAGGCAGCAGCACCCAGAGGAGUGAAGGAAAGACAGGCUGGGAAGAGUCAACCACUCCACAGAGCUCCUCCUGACCAAAGGGCAGUCAAGGUCUUGGGCUUUUUUUUUUUUUCUUCUCAUGUUUCCUUUAUUUUACUUAGGCAGUGAGUUGACUUCAGAGGCAUCUUCUGUCCGAGGAAGAUACACGUUUCUUUUGGGAGGAGGAGCAGGUGCCGACAUCUCAAGAAUGGACUUUCUCCAAAGAUGUUAAAAUGGAGUGACAGGUCACUAGAACUAGACCACAGCUCUCAGAACCUGUCAUUGCAGAGGCCUUCUUGUUCGGUAAGGGGUGACUCAGGCAUGCGCAUCGAAGGCAGUUCUGCGCCAGGCAGAGCCCCUGAGGGUCAGCUCAGAACUGCCCACACACAUUUUUUAACUAGAACCAGGUGCAGAUGCCUGUCUUGAUGGGAGAGACUUGACAGGAUGCUAAUUACCAAACAGUGGGCUUUGUCAACGCCUUGUUCCAACAAAAUAAUACUAAGUGAGGAGUCAAAAAUUUGGCAACAGCUCUUAACCACCGUCUGCCUGCAUAAGCUGUAGAUACAAUUUUAAAUCUUUCUAAGAAGUGACCUUCAAACAGUAUUUUUGAUACGGCAGAUAUUUUUAACACGACUUUUUUUAAAUAAAUGCCAGGACUCCUGAUUUCCAGGUUUCUAAGAAGGAACUGAGGUAAAACAGAUGCCUUGACUGUUUCAGAGGAUCUUUUUGAAUGUUUUAUGACCGCCUGCCUGUUUGAAUAUUGGCAAAGAGAUAAAUAAUAAAUUGACAUCGAAAGAUA